AUGGGAGACUUUGGAGAAUUAGGAUCAAUUGGUAAGAAGCAAAGCGGCAAGAAGGGCGAUGCUAGUGAUAUCGGAAAGACUGAAGGAUUUGCAAAGACUGAGGUAGGCAAGACUGAGGGAAAGACCGAAGGUAAGGUAGGUAAAACUGAGGGUGAACUUGGAAAGACUGAAGGUAAGGUAGGUAAAACUGAAGGUGAACUUGGAAAAACUGAAGGUGAACUUGGAAAAACUGAAGGUGAACUUGGUAAAACUGAAGGUGAACUUGGUAAAACCGAAGGUGAACUUGGUAAAACUGAAGGUAAGGUUGGUAAAACUGAAGGUGAACUUGCUAAAACUGAAGGUAAGGUUGCUAAAACUGAAGGUAAGGUUGCUAAAACUGAAGGUGAGCUUGGAAAGACCGAAGGUGAUUUAGGAAAGAAGUAA